GGAGGUGCCCAGGACUAUCCAGGACAUCGAGCUGGAGUCUCAGUCUCGUACGGACACUCGCCAGGCACGGUCCAACGGCGAUACGGGCCAAGUUUGGGGUCAAGAUUUUCUUUUGAGGAUUGCAUGAAAUUUAUUUGGAAUAGAAAAGACUUUACCAGGUGCCAUAUUAGUGUUAAUUUUCAUGGGUCAUUGCUUGGUAGUGGUUUAAGGAAUCGAUUAGUGUGAAAAAUAAGGGUUUUCUUACCAAAAUUUUCCGGCGGCCAUUUUGGAUUCGGGGUUAAGAAAGUGAAAAGUGUCUUAUCGUGGGAGGUGGCCUGAGUGAAAUCAAAUAUGGUGGCCAAGUUGAUUUGAAGGAGGAAAUUCAAAGCGCGUUGGAGAUUCAAAGAAGGUUAUCCAAGUAGCCACUGCGGACACUACUGCAGUGCACCUGUCAAACUGUCACCGUUGAGCUUAGUUGUGGUGCGUUUAGGUAGUGGCUAGUGAACAUGCGAAGAUCUACACCCCCGUUUCCGGUGAUGGCCAGCGGUAGUGGUGGCGGUGGCGGAAAUGGCUCGGUAGUGGUUCCAGUAGAGCACUACGAGCAGGAGCAUUGCGAGCCCAGACAUUUGAAGCGAAAGCACAGCGAGGAACGGUUCACGGUGGCCUACCAUGCGUACCAGGAACCAGGUCAGUCCAUACACAAGGUCCGCAAGGACAGUCACCUGGCGCUGCCGGAGGUGGAUCACUUUCACGGGUUCGGACAAGCGUUUCACGGCCCGUCGGCAGAGUUCCAGGUGAUUGCCGCACCCGGAAGUGACGGCAACAACAACCAGAACCACGUCCAUCAGGAACAGCAACAGCUCGGAUACAUCUACGAGGUGGCCAGCGAGAGCACAGUCCCGGUAGUCCCAGUUCCGCACUCUCAAAUGAUCUCCCAGGACAUCCCAACGUCCAACGGGAUUGUCCUUACCGAUAUCAGCUCGUCCAACUGGACCAGCACCCAGGAACUGCUAGAUCUGGACCGACGGACCGCUCCAACUAUCCAAACCGAUUCCCACAACUGCUUCCCGAUUGCCAGCGUAGAUCACGGCCAGCAACCCCAGCAGCAGCAGCAACAUCACAUCGCUGGUCAUCACCAUCAUCCGGGGAACUUUCACGGCCAACCGUCGGCCCCGUUUGGAAACAAUCAUCCAAAGACACAGGAGCUGACGAUCGUGACAUCGUCCGGCUGUGUCAGGUCCGCAGCCGUCGCUGGCAGUUCCACCGGUCGUAGGGCAGUCGCUCCUGCCGGCACCCCGGAAACACCGGAAGACAUUGAGGACAAGAACCUCUCCUGGCUGUUCAAUUUUAAGCUGGAGGAUCUUCCCCACUUGUCACCGGAAGCGAAACGCAAGCAAGCUCCCAAAAAUGGCAACGCCAGCAGCUCAAGCACCAGCACGUCUACCGGUGGCCUUCACUCGAACGGAAUGUGUCCGGCUCCGGAAUCCGAACUCGAGCACGGUGGGGUUAGUGGCGUUGCGGCCAUCGAAGAGGACGACCUGAUGGUGGCCGAAAAUGUCACCAUCGAGAAUAGCACGGCCGCCGCGGCAAAGGCGACCAAGAAACCGCCCUUCACCUACACCGAACUCAUCGAGUACGCCCUCGAAGACAAGGGAGAGCUGACCGUGUCCGGCAUCUACCAAUGGAUCUCUGACCACUUUCCGUUCUACAAGUCCAACGACGACCGGUGGAAGAACUCGGUCCGCCACAAUCUGUCGAUCAACCCGCACUUCCGCAAGGGUAACAAGGCACCGCAGGGGGCGGGCCAUCUCUGGACCAUCUCCAGCCGGGACUCGGAGGCCAACUUUUUGGCGUGGGAACAUAAACGCCAACGGUUAGAGUUGUUCUUCAAGAUGGAAGCCGCCAAUGCCAAGAACCUGCGGGAACAAGCUCCUGGGUCGCCAAGUCAGGACGAAACGGCCGCGGCGACGGCCAGUUUAGCUCAGUACGAACCGCACUCGCCGGGCCACGGGUCGCUCAUUGAGCCCCUGGAAUUUCGACAUCCACAAGCGGGUUCUUCAAGUCAACAUCUUCACCAGCAGCAGCAGCAGCAGCAAAUGUACGCCAACGGCCAGAACAAUCAAUUCGAGGUGGUGCCACAGGGUGACGACCUGAAGCGGUCCGCCGGAGAGAUCCUCAACGGUAUUCGCCGGAACGUUGAAGUCCAGAUUGUCCAUCCCAUCAGUUCUAACAACUUCCAGGCUUAUGCGCUGCUGGAUUCUGACUACUACCUUGCGGACUACCUGAACCCGGUCUCCAAGGAGGAAAUCGUCCAAGAGUGCGGCCUCCGGUCGGCGGCGGCCGUCCACCGGAACGAAACGACCCCCGCAGCAGACUACUACAUCACCACGAUCGAUCCCAUCGAGCUGGGGAUCAACAUGAGUGCCGGCGGCCAGGACGAGGACCAGAUCCUGUUCGAGGACGACUUUAAUCUCAACUACUUUGGCAACAACAUUAUGACCUGACGGCGUGCUGCCGGAGCGAGUGCCAACGGUUUGCCACCGCAGCAGCAGCAGCCAUUUCUGCAGCAACAGUUGCCGCAAAUUCAGCUGGGAGAGGGACUGCCGGAAGUGAUUGCCCUGGAGGCGGAUUACAUGGAGGCGGCGGCGGCAGCGGCAGACGAAAAAAGCCACUAAUCUAGUCGUUUGUGUUUGGUUAAAUUUUACUUUGAGUGAUGGUUUGAGUUUUUUUUAACAAAAUCUGAAUAUCAAACAACAGUACACAUUUUUUAAAAGAAAUCAUGGUGUAAAUUAUUGGUACUAAUCAUGUACAUAGCUGUGUAGUGGAAAUGAGUGAAGAUUGCCUUCUAAUCUUAGCAAUAAACAAAUGAAAAGAAACUAAACUAGUCAAUAUUGUAAAA